GUAACCUCGAUUUGCACCUGCUGUUUCGUGUGUGACCAAUUCCGUUGCUGAUUCGGUGAUUCUCUCAAGUCUAUAUAAAAUAUCCUUGUGAUGAUAUUUUUUUUCUUUCUUGAUUCUGUCAUCUUCCUAUUAUUGCGGGUGAUGUCUAUCUGGACAUAAAUUUUCCGUCUUUAUUAAAUUUUGUUCUGUUCUUCCUCAGACGUACUACUACUAUAUAGUUUCUGGUGGUCCUUUACAAGAUUUUUCCACAACAAGAACAAGGACGACAAUUAUAUAUUGUUUCUGCCACUUUUUCAUUUUGAUUCGCUCUCCUUAAAUUCUCGACCUCGUUUCCUGUUUCUUACUCCCAAAAGUAUUUUUCCCAAGUGACCGUCAUACUAAAUGGAGAAGAAUCAAAAAGAGAAUAUGUGUUCGCCUGAUACAGUUCUGGAGGACUUCUUGAGGAAUGUGGAAUCAUCCGAAACGGAUUCUUCUUCAUCCAAAGCCAGCACUUCAGGCUCUGAAAUCUCAAGAGAUCCCAAACCAUAUUCUUCGAGGUGGGCAGAUUUUAUGAGCAUCUUCAAGAUGAAAUCCAAAAGGCAACUGGGUUCCACUUUGCAUCCAUUGAAACUGACCAAAAGAUUCAGUAGUAGCAUGAGAGAGGAAAUCAGCAGAGACCAGGAUCAGCACCCCAUUAUACUGGAUUCUACCUUAAAUUAUUUCAAGCCACAAUGGAAGAACUUCAGUCUUUCGGACCUUCAAAUUGCCACUAGGAACUUCUCUCAAGAGUGUGUAAUUGGGAAGGGCGGUUAUGCUGAAGUUUUCAGAGGAACUUUGCGAGAUGGGCAGCUUGUUGCUAUCAAGAGGCUUACUCGAGGAUCGAUGGAGGAGAGGACUGCAGACUUCUUAUCUGAGCUUGGAAUUAUGGCGCACAUUAACCAUCCUAAUACUGCUAAAAUGAUCGGUUAUGGGGUCGAAGGUGGAUUCUUCCUUGUAUUGGAGCUCUCUCCCCAUGGAAGUCUUGCUUCUUUGCUUCACAGUUGUAAGGAGAAGUUGAAGUGGAAUAUUAGGUAUAGAAUCGCAAUAGGGAUUGCCAGAGGGCUGCUGUAUCUUCAUGAGGGGUGUCAAAGAAGAAUUAUUCAUAGAGAUAUUAAGGCAGCAAACAUACUUCUGACAGAAGAUUUUGAUCCGCAGAUAUGCGAUUUCGGGCUUGCUAAGUGGCUGCCAAGGCAAUGGACGCACCUCACCGUGUCCAAUUUCGAAGGCACAUUUGGCUACCUUGCUCCGGAGUUCUUAAUGCAUGGCAUAGUUGACGAAAAGACUGAUAUUUUUGCCUUUGGUGUGCUGUUGCUGGAACUUAUUACCGGGCGUAGAGCUUUGGAUUACUCACAAGAAACACAACAAAGCCUUGUUAUGUGGGCUAAACCACUGCUGAAGAAGAAUAGAAUCAGUGAGCUUAUCGAUCCUUCUCUUGCUGAAUAUGAUCCUGUAGAGAUGAACCUGAUGAUACUGGUUGCCUUUUUGUGUGUCCAAGAGUCUUCAAUUCGGAGGCCUCGAAUGAGUCAGGUUUUGUUGCUGCUUAGAGGCAAUUGUGGCAGCCUAGAAUUAGUUAGUAAAGGUAGAAAACUCUCACACUGGAAGAGGUACUAUGAAGAGCUUUUCCAUGCAGAAGAUUAGAACCAAUUGCAUUUCUGGAAAUCCUAGGCAGAAGAAUUAGAAAUCAUUAUAUCAUUCUGCAGAAUGAAGAAUCUAUGAAGGCCUGUUUCUCGUUACUCUAGCUGGUCGCCACCACUGCAGAAAUCGCGACGAUGUGUACAUAGCUGCGAAAAUGCGGGAUAACGAAUCCAAGAUUGAAACUUUUAGCAUACUCAACUCAGGCAUCAGUUUUGUAACAAAAGAAUUUCUGUAGAUUUGGUUUUCUUUUUUCCCUUUUUGUACCAUAAUAGUAUUAUGUAAUCAGGAUAGUCCUCUUUUAGAUUACAAAAAAGCACGAAUUAUUUUUUUGGACGGAUGAAAAGCGUGAUCAAUAUACACUAGGGGGGAAAGAAAACAGUGAAGAGAACAUAUUUAAGAUAGUAGUGUACACAGAAUGCAUAGAAAAUGGGAUGAAAGAUGCAUCUAGUUGGCCAUGUAAUGUAGAUAGGUUUGAACUUUGAAGCAGGCAGAUGGAAGCAGUUUUGUACUACCGUUAAACUAGGAACACUAUGAAAUGAAGACCUGGUGAAGUAAAAUCUAUCCCUUUUGAACUGGAUUGGGUGCUUUGGGCCAUACAUUCGGGCUUCAAAUAAGUUAGCUGGGCCAUCGCACAACCUUAUUUCUGCCCCACCAAAAACAUAGGAUUUCCUACAAUUAGUUGAAACUUGAAACUACUCGUUAGUCAUUUCGUG